AUGCAGCAAGCCGAUCUUCCACAAACAGUUUCGGUUGGCAACAUAACAGUCAGAAUCCAACAGCGACUUGGCAAUGGUACUUUUGGUGUCGUCUACAAAGUCAAAGACGAGGCGAGUUACAAAGACUACGCGUUAAAAGAAGUUCUUUGUUUGAACAUCUCGGCCCUUCAUAAUGCUGUCCGCGAGGCUACAACACUGAGCAAAAUUUCUCAUCAGAACGUGAUUGCUGUCAUGGGAGCAGACCAGUUUCGAGAUAGUAAAGGUUUACACAUGCUGCUUUUGACUGAGUAUUGCUCGGGUGGAAGUUUAAACGACCGCCUUGCUCGACCGAGUAGUGAAGAAAUGAAUAUGAAGUGGAUUUGUCAAAUAGCUGCAGCUCUUGCACACCUCCACUCUAGCGGAGUGGUUCACCGCGAUUUAAAGGCGGAUAAUGUGCUUUUAACCGCAACAGAGGAUCCAGUUACAUGCAAUACUACNGCAACAGAGGAUGUGAAAUUGGCUGACUUUGGCCUCGCUCGCGAGUACAUCGCACUCAAACGAAUCGAUGCUCACCGAGACGAUUGUUCCUGGAUAGCCAGUUACAUGCAAUACUACAUGAACUCAGGAGUUGGUCCCAUACACUGGGUGGCUCCUGAAUUCUUCACUGAUCGUUACACCGAAGAAGCCGAUGUGUUUUCCCUUGGUACCUUGUUUUUCGCGAUCCUAGAGCGUGAUUUUAUCGUGAUUGAUGACAAAGCAAUUUACGGUGCCUUCGUAAAUAUUCAUAUUUACGAUGCCUUCGGAAAUAUUCUUGGUGAGCGCAAACUCGGCCUUGGGUAUGCCAUGGCAAAGGUUCGCCCCGGUAUCAGCAUUACGUUUUCAAGGCGUGCUCAAGGGUCUAGCGCUUUGCAAAGGGUCGUUCUUGAGGCCUUGCAGUACGACAGAAAUGAUCGACCAAGCGCUCAGGACAUGUACCGUAAAGUCUUGAACAUUCACCAAGCCAUACGGUCCCUUCAACAGAACUUACAGCCGUCGCUUCAGCAACAGUUCUCGCCCCAACAACAGCUGUCGUUCCAACAACAGCAGUCGCUCCAACAACAGCUGUCGUUCCAACAACAGCAGUCGUUCCAACAACAGCAGUCGCUCCAACAACAGCUGUCGUUCCAACAACAGCAGUCGCUCCAACAACAGCUGUCGUUCCAACAACAGCAGUCUCCAACAACAGCUGUGGCUCCAACGACAGCAGUGGCUCCAACAACAGCAGUCGCUCCAACAACAGCAGUAGCUCCAACAACAGCAGUGGCUCCAACAACAGCUGUGGCUCCAACACCAGCAGUGGCUCCAACAACAGCUGUGGCUCCAACGACAGCAGUGGCUCCAACAACAGCAGUGACUCCAACAACAGCAGUGGCUCCAACACCAGCAGUGGCUCCAACAACAGCUGUCGCUCCAGCAACAGCAGUGGCUCCAACAACAGUAGUGGCUCCAACACCAGCAGUGGCUGCAACAACAGCUGUCGCUCCAGCAACAGCAGUGACUCCAACACCAGCAGUGGCUCCAACAACAGCUGUCGCUCCAACAACAGCAGUCGCUCUAAAAAUGGCAGUAGCUCCAACAAACAGCUUUCAGGAGCGGGUUUGCUUUGUUAAACCGGUACGAAGUACAGGGCGACCGGACCACUGGAAGGUUUAUGGGAAGCGCGAAGCGCGAUAUAAUUCAUGUCUUUUGGAACACGUUUAAUAUGCUCCACAAGUGUGAAAAACACAACGAAGAGACAAAUCAGUAACAUAAAAUUAUAUUUUAAAGGUUUACAUUUUUUUAUUUGAAGUUCAAAAGUUUUACUCGUUAAAUAGGCUGCUGAACUUUGUAAAUACUUGUAAAAGAAUUGAAACCAAUUUUACCCCUCGUUCCAACUGUUUUAUUCUAAUUUCCUUAAUGUUGUUAGUUCAUCCUAUUCGGCAAGUGCGCGCAAAUGCGUAGGUCAGGGAUAAGACCAAAUAUAGUAUUUUUUCUUACUGUUCUUGUUGUCGCAUCGUAAAAGUUGUUUUUCCCUCACUCAAAGCUAUCACUCGGGUAACAGCCGCCUGCUACGCGCACGCGGUAAAGGAAACGAAAUCAAAGAAAGUGAAAGUAACAACAGUCUUGUGAAUCUGCAUGUAGUUGAAGGAUUGCGGCCGUGAAAUCAGAACUGUGCAGAACUGCUGGCCAAAAUUCACUACUUUACCUACCAUUAACAUCACAAUUCCUCUAACAUUUGCUUUUAAUCGUUUUCAUUUUACUUGGAAUAUUUGAUGUUGGGUCAACUCAUUUUCUUUCUGAGAUGAUCAUGUAAACUUUUGUCUUGUGGGAAAAGUAACUAUCAGACAUUUCUGUAAAUUACUCUGGCAUAUGCCUAAUAGAAAUGUCUCAGUACCCGGCGGCAUCUCUGAAAUCUCUGGCACAAUGAAAGCUCAGGCUAAUAGUGUAUAAUAAUGUAAUAGUGUUGUAAAAACAUGUUCUGUAAGUUUAAGUUUGUAAGUGACGUGGUGUCUUCACUUAACAAUGAUAAAAAAUUGCCAAAAAAAAAAAAGUUACCCGGAAUGAUGUAAUAGUAUUUCAGCACCAAUUCCUAGAAGGUAGACUUAUUCAGAAGCACAUUUUGUAACGCCAUUAAAAGAUUAUUUUAAGAAAUGCAAAUUUUGUACGUUCUACGGCUAUGGUGGAAUCCUUGUUUUCGACACGAUAGAGCCAGAUAAGACAUUCAAAGCACAUUGGAUCAAAGCGGGACUGCAGUGUUAUUCCCUGGCUAAUAACUUUAAUUUACCAAAUGUAGCUAAAUGUGAGAUCGUUCAUGUGUGUCUGACUGGUGCCCGGAGGGGAGGGGACGGGGGAGGGGGGCACGGACAAAACUAUGCAAAAUGUUACACGAUUCACCAAACAGCAGGCUUUUCCAAGAAAUUGACCUUCCGUUUCAAAACCGUGACGGUUCACUUAUGAUUUUAUGCGUGCUUACCUGAUAUAUUUGCCUAAUAUAUUCGUAAGCAACGAAGAAAGGAAGCAAUACCACGUCGAUAAAAUUUAAUAAGGCCUUGUGAAUCGUCGAGAAGGAGUACAUUCACUAAUCCUCUUUGCUUCCGUGAGUGAAGCAUAAGACUGCAAAAGGAGUUACACUGGUGUGAAUACUAACUUGGCGGUAAUGGCCCUCUGAUAUUGUCUAUAUAACAUGAUAGACUUCGGUGACUUGAUUGUUGUUUGCAAGACUAAAACCAUGAACAAACUCUAAAACUUAAAUAUGAUUGUUGCCAGAGAUGCAGACCAAUCGAUAGACAGCCGCUUACAUGAGUCGCUUUGUGUGGCUACUGUGCUGAAGAAACUUAAACAAGUAUCUUGUUCGACUGAACAUUCAAGAAAUGAAUUGGAAGUGAUUGAGCCAAACUGACGAAUCUCUCAUCCAACUCCACUGACUCGCACGGAGCGGUUAUCUGGGAUUUGAAGCCAAACAUGUACUUCAGUGAAUGCAAAAUUCGCCGACUUUAGUCUGGUUAGAGAGUGUGUAUCGCACUGCAACGAAUUGACUCUCAACGAGACGAUGGUUUCAAGCAGGAGCCAUCAUCGGGGACGGAGACCGUCGUAAGUCUUGGGAUCCGCGCGCACCCAUGAUAUGGGA